AUGCAAUACACCGUUUUAUCUGCUUUGGGUUUGGCUUCUAUGGUCGCCGCUAAGUCCACCAUCACUGCCGUCGACACCGUCACCGAACACCAUACCACCGAUGUCACCGUCACCCACUGCUCGCACGACGCUUGCUCCACCACCGUCCAGGCUCACACCCAGACUGUUGUCACCGAAACCGUCAAUGGUGUCAAGACCGUUUACACCACCGUUUGCCCUCUCACCGAAGAGGCAUCCACCGUGGCCCCCGCUUCCACCUUGGCUCCGGCUUCCACUGUUGAAGAAGAGAUUGUGACUGCCACCCUCACCACCACCGUCAACGGCGAGGAAACCGUCUACACCACCGUGUGCCCUGCAUCUGAGCUUCCUGCCACCACUGCUCCUGGCUCAUCAGCUCCAGCCACUACUGCUCCUGCUCCUGGAACUAAGGCCCCAGUGCCAGCUCCUGCUGAAGAGUCCGACUCGGAUAUCACCUACGUCGACGUCACCGAGACUCCUACCGUCUACGAGACCACCGGUGUCGAGGCCACCAUCACCUCUCAGGCCACCCUCACCUCGUACUACAACUCUGCUGCAUCCAAUAGCACCGUUGCUGGUGUUAACACUUUCGAGGCCAAGGCUGCUGGCCAAAAGGCUAUGCUUGGUGCUGCCGGAUUUGCUGGGUUGGCUGCUGUCUUGUUGUAG